AAUUUAAAAUUUAUCUUUCUUGUACAGGUUAUAACAAGGAUAAAUUAUGGUCAAAAUGUUAACAUCAGCGGACUUGCUGGUGCAGUUUCCUUGGCUGGAUCUGGAGGCGGUUUAUGGUCAAUUGAAGGAGGGAACUGGCAGAUGGCUGCUGGAUUGAUCAACAGAUCUGAUGUUGUAUUGCACCUUCAUGAAGAAAUAGAAUCUGUCUCUUAUCUAGGAGAUGUUGAUGUGCUCAACUCCACCCAAGGGAAGAGUUACGACUGUGGAGUUACAGUGGUAGCAACACCCUUAGAUGAACUGAAUAUUGAUUUCCAUCCUAGAAUUUCAAUUCCUCCAAGGAAAUUACAGCACACGCAUGCAACUUUCGUUAGGGGUCUCUUAAGUCCUGCAUAUUUUGUUCUGAACUCGCUUUUGGAUAUCCCGGACUUGGUAGGCACUAAAGAGUCUCCUGAUGUACCAUUCUCGAGCAUCAGUAUUCUCAAGCAACAUGAGAAUGAUAUGACUUACAAGGUAUUCUCUCGUGAGACAAUGACAAAUACAUUGCUGGAUAAAGUUUUCAGGUAUACUUCUAAGAUUGCUUGCAGUAAUCAUUUGUUAAAAGCUGAAGAGCUGUAAAAUUGAUUCCAGUUUUUUAUUGCAUUAGGAUUAAAAAUUAUUCAUGUUAUUAACCCCAAGUUUAUGGGGUACGAUAUUUAGCUGCUGGUUGUUACUUCCAGAAAACAUAGACAAUUGGUGAGCCAAUUUGAACAGUCAUUUCUUAUUUGCAGUAAAUUUGUUUCGAGUUUAUGAAAUAGCU